CUUGCCUAGAAAAACUUCACUUUUUUCGCAAUUCUAUUCGCGCUAUGAAACAACUUUAAAUAAUUCAAUGUUUCAUCGCUUGAAAUGAGUUCCAAGAAAAACCUAAAUUUUCGCCUUCCGAUUUGCUUCAUGAAACAUUUUGAAUUAAUUCAAAAAUGCAGCUUGAAUAGCUUGCUUAGAAAAACAUCAAUUUUUUGGGAACCGAUUCGUUCUACGAAACCUAAAAUUUUUUCAAACCGAUUUACGAUAUGCUCAUCUUGAAAUUGUUCAAAUUUUCUUUGCUUAGAUAGCUUGAUCAAAACAAUUUUUUUUCGAGUCAAUUGAUUACUGGAGGCCGGCUUGCUAGUAUAUAUUAUAGCCCUCUCAGUCUUGAACAGAACGACAUUAAAAAGGUUGCAAGAAAUAGUCCCAGCCAAACAGGUUUAAACUUUUUGAUUUGAAGUCUAAAUUCGAGCGAAUAUUGCGAGGGAGCAGUCUUACAAUAGCUUAUUGAUGCUUAAUUUAGGCCGUAAAAACUUAGUUGUUUUUGGAGUUUUUUAGUGCCAUUUGGGAGUUAAAAACUUCAAAUUCAAUAAAUGCCUGCGAAAAUUUCUUCUUGAUUUGGGUUUUUUUAGUUUUUUUCCUGCAAAAACUGUUGUCCAGUUUGCCUAGUUUACAAUGUCUAUCAAAUAUUCCUGAGUUUCAAUUUUUCGUUCAGAUUCUUUUAUUAGACCACGCAGAAAGAUUGAUACUAAUUUGGAAUGAAAACUUUGUUUGUGUUUUUAAGACCAUGGCUUAAACAUUCUGUGCUACUUGUUCAGUAACCGGGUAUCCUUGUUUUUUCAAUAUGUAUGAAUUUGAAUUCGUUUUAAUGGUUGGAUUUUCAUUUGCCUGCUCAAGUUUUGUCGGCUGACUUUGCUGCAUCGCGGUUUUUUCUUGUGCUGUAAGCAAUUUUCAUGAUAGCUGCAAGUGUUGUUCAUUGUAGUUUCAGGGGGAUUUUUCGGCCCCUCAAAGAUGUUAAUCUUAUAAUUUUUUAUAAUUUUGUUUCCGGCUCAAAUGCGAACAGAAUGCUCGGCGCGAACUGAAGAUCGGGAUAUUCCGUUCGAGCUGCACAAUAUCCGGUGUAUCGCUGGUAUAAAGUUUUAUGACUGGUUCUUAGGCCAAGUUAAAUUGGAUUGUUUUUCACAAUUAGCAAUUUUUUGAAAAUGGUUGUUUUCAGGGAAUGAUUAAUUUCAAUUUUUGGGGCAUGUAAAUUUUUCCAUAAUUUGUAUUUUAAGUAAAGUUUUCAUGGAUGAGCUAGUUACUUGUCCUAGCUUAGGCAAGCAAAUUAGGUUUCAAUUAAACGAUCGUCUGGUAUUAUUCUAAAAUCUGAGUAGACAUGAGUUGAAAGAAAGAGCUUUCGGUCAAUACGAUGUCACCGAACGUCUGUUUGAUCGUGUCGAAAAUCGUAUGUAAAGAUGUAUGACGGCUUGAAUGGUCGAAAUGCAUGUCGCUGGGUUUAAUACAUUGGGUUGUUAGCUCAGAACUAACAAUUCAUUUCUAGACCUUAAUACCGAUUCGAUGUGAAGUUUUAUGUUCAAUUUGCUGAAAUAAAUCAAAGUUGAAUAUAAAUUAUAUUGACCAAAAUGUGCCUUCGAGAUUUGUUUCCUUGUUUGGGUAGAGAAAAUGAUAUUGACAGAGGAAUUAAAGAUCAGGAGGAGAGAAUGCGAAGGACGAUUUCGAUCCUGCUAUUGGGAACAGCGGAAUGCGGGAAGUCUACUGUGCUCAAACAGAUGGAGCGUAAAUAUAAUAGAGCGGCGUUUGAAGAGCAGCGAAAAAUAUGUGCAAAAGUGGCUAAGUUGAACUUGAUCAUGGCCACGUGGCAAUUGUUGGAUGCCAGAGAUGCUUUUGGAUACUCGUCAGAUGAUCCAGCUUUAGAGAACAGAUUCAGAGACAAAACAGAGUUUUUAUCUCCAUCGCGAUGCAACGUGCACACACCUCCUAGAAGCGAAGACGAAGACAAGGCAGCCGAACUGUAUCCGAGAAUCGCCCAGGAGAUCAAAACCAUCUGGCAAAAUGCCUCAAUAGUCGCAACACUAGAUCGCAAAUCCGAGUUCUACAUGCUAGACUCGGCACAGUACUUUAUGAGUCGAAUUGACGAUGUUAAGUCGCCGAAUUACAACCCAACUGAUGAAGAUGUGUUGAAAGCACGUAAACAAACUUCUGGAAUUGUGGAUGUGAAGAUAGAUGCGAAGCUGGCAAGGGAUAAGGUCAUUUUCCAAAUCACAGAUGUCGGAGGGCAAAGAUACGAGAGAAAGUACUGGAGUCGUGUGAUGAGUGGGGUUGAGACGACCUCCAUCUUGUACAUCUUCUCUCUAAGCGACUACAACUUAGAUGUGCUUGAGAUGCUGCCAGAGAGAAAGAGGAACAGGAUGAUUGAGAAUACACAAGUGUUCAACUCAGUCAUCAACAAAGACGAGUUCAGAAACAAGAAUGUCAUCGUGUUCCUGAACAAAACCGAUAUUUUCAUUGAAAAACUGAAGCAUGUACCUCUAACUGUGUGCUAUUCGGACUACCCUGAGAAUAACAGAGACCCCUCCGCGGCUAUGGACUUCAUAGAGGGGCAGAUCAGAAGUCAGGACAGAUCGGCUACUGCUGUUAAUGAAGAUGGCUCACCUGUGCGAGAGAUAGUGUUCCACCGCACCCACGCAACAGACCCAGAGGCCUUCCAGGUUAUUGUGGAAACAGUGCUGGCAAAUAUCCAGGCGGAAAAUUUGAAGUCAGCUGGGUUGCUUUACUAGCUUAUUGUAAUCGCUUAACUCUUAAUUUAUUUGUCAAUCUAUUAACUAAAAUUGAUGAUUCACUAAAAAAAAUUCAAGUGUA